CUCUCUCUCUCUCUCUCUCUCUCUCUCUCUCUCUCUCUGAUGGCUGAAGUUCUAAAUGAAGAACAGAUUGUUGAGUUUCAAGAAGCUUUCAGUCUUUUUGACAAAGAUGGAGAUGGUUCGUCUCGUUUUUCGACUGUAAAUUCUCUUUCAGAUAGUAAGUCAUAUAACCUGGGCAUCGAAUAUUUUGCAGGUUGCAUUACAAUUGAAGAACUAGCCACAGUGAUCAGAUCUUUGGACCAAAAUCCAACCGAGGAAGAACUCCACGACAUGAUCGAGGAGGUCGAUUCUGACGGAAAUGGGACCAUAGAAUUUACAGAAUUUUUGAAUCUAAUGAGCAAAAAAAUGAAGGAAACUGAUGCAGAUGAGGAGCUUAAAGAAGCUUUCAAAGUGUUUGACAAGGAUCAAAAUGGUUACAUAUCAGCCAAUGAGCUAAGGCACGUGAUGAUCAAUCUGGGGGAAAAAUUAACGGAUGAAGAGGUUGAACAGAUGAUCAAAGAAGCUGAUUUGGAUGGUGAUGGUCAAGUCAAUUAUGAAGAAUUUGUGAAGAUGAUGAGGACUAUUGGAUAGAAGUUGAUUAAUUAUAUUCAUAUUUUUAACUAAUUCCACGUUCAAUGUUUGCUCAAAUUGUUUAAUUGUUAUUAAAUUAUCAAAGAAGUCAUGAUAGGAUCAAUUUUUUUCUGUUUUUUUAAUUGAAAAAAAUAUCCAGUAUCACCAAAUUCUUAGUAUUUAAUACGAUUAAUUUCAUUGUUAUAUUUUAAAAUUUUA